UUGGAGCGGGGAGCAUCCAACAACAGAAGAAAUACAGAGCGCAGUCAACAAAGGCAAGGCUGCGCUCUCAGAGCUAAUGAGGGUCGAGAACCUCAGGAAGCCGUUGGGCAGGAAUACUCCUGCCAUCAGGGCGCAGAGGGCGGCGGCAACCGAGGCAGACGUCAAACCUAUGGCAAGCGCAGCGUAUGCCGCAGAACAAGCCACCAAGGCGCUUCUGGAGGGGAUGCAAACCAUGCCGAACAGCGCCGUCGGCGUGGGCCCCCUCAUCAACGAGACAUUCCCGAUGCCGUGGUAUUGCAAGAACCAGACCGCGCCCUGCCCUGCUACCAAGUACCGAUCCUUGGACGGCACUUGCAACAACCUAAACCAUCCUUACAGAUGGGGCGUGUCACACACCCCGUUUAGAAGGAUCCUACCGGCUGUUUAUGGAGACGGGAUCAGUUCUCCCCGCACGGGAGUGAACGGCGCACCGCUCCCCAGCGCCCGUGACGUCAGCGUCACGGUUCACCGGCCUAGCUACGCGCACGACUCCUCCUUCACCGUCAUGCUGGCUGUAUGGGGACAGUUCCUGGACCACGAUAUUACUGCUACUGCGCUUAGUAAAGGACAGAACAGCUCAGCGUUGUCAUGCUGUGAUCCUGAACAGCCGCCGCAUCCCGAGUGCUUCCCCGUGCUCCUGGAUGUAGAGGAUCCCUUUUACCAGGACUACAACCUCACCUGCAUGGAGUUCGUGCGCUCCGCACCGGCGCCUACGUGCCAUUUUGGUCCUCGCGAACAAAUGAACCAAGCGACAGCAUUCGUUGACGGCUCCACGGUGUACGGUUUUGCGCAGACCACCACGACCAAACUGCGAGUCGGCUCUGGUGGGUUGCUGAGGAUGCUGGUGGUGGGCAACCGCGAGCUCCUGCCACCUUCCACCGACCCCAACGAUGGUUGUAACACGGUGGAAAUGAAUGCGAAGGGACAGUACUGUUUUGAGACAGGUGACGCAAGAGCCAACGAGAAUCUACACUUGACGACAAUGCACUUGAUCUUAGCGCGGCAACACAACAGACUAGCGAUAGAGCUGAAGAAGAAUAAUCCGAGGUGGAGCGAUGAAGUUGUCUUCCAAGAAGCGAGGAGAAUCGUCGGAGCGCAGAUGCAACACAUUUCUUACUCGGAAUUCUUGCCCUCUAUCCUUGGCAUUGACGUGAUGUGGGCCCUGAACAUGACCGUGAAGGACACCGGCUACUCGGACGCGUACGACCCUACCGUGGACCCCUCCAUAGCGAACCACUUCUCAGCUGCCGUGUUUAGAUUCGCCCACACUCUUUUACCGGGUCUGAUUCACAACGUGGACGCCAACAACGGCUCCGUCAACUACAUCCACUUGCACCAAAUGUUGUUCAACCCCUACGCUUUGUACAACGCGAGAGGCCCCAAGAACGCCGUGCGUUCUGCUCUCAACACGUUGGUGCACGCUGUCGACCCUCAUGUCACUACCGAACUAAGCAACCACCUAUUCGAAAACCCGGUCGCCAACGUGUCCACUCCAUCCAAACCGACCGGACCCUGCGGCUUGGACCUGGUCUCUCUGAACAUCCAGCGCGGGCGGGACCACGGGCUGGCGCCGUACGUCCAGUGGCGUGAACACUGCGGACUCUCGCGGCCGAAGACCUUCGCAGACCUCAAAGCUAUAUUUGAUGAACUAUCUCUUAGUCGGAUCUGUAAAAUUUAUAAUAGCGUAGAGGACAUAGAUCUGUACACCGGAGCCCUAGCGGAAAACCCCAAGGGUCGGCUUCUAGGGCCAACCCUGACAUGCCUCAUCGCGGACCAGUUCCUCAGGCUGAAGGUCGGGGACAGGUUCUGGUAUGAAACAUCUGAUUCGACUGUUGGAUUUACUUUGGAACAACUAGAUGAAAUCCGCAAGACGACGCUGGCUGGAAUAAUCUGCGCUAACGAGGCUCUACUGGACCAAGCUCAGCCCAGGGUCAUGGAAGUGGUGAGUGCCACCAACCCGCUGGUCGACUGCAAAGAACUCCCUCAACCGAGCCUCAAACCCUGGUACAACCUCGACGGGUCCACGCCAGAACAAGUGAAAAACGACAAAAGAGACGGAGCGAAACCAAAAAGAAACUAAUUAAAUAGUUAACUAGGUUAGUAUCCAAAAUGUAAUAACUAAAAACUAAUUAAAUAGUUAACUAAUUAGUAUCCAAAAUGUAAUAACUAAAAACUAAUUAAAUAGUUAACUAGGUUAGUAUCCAAAAUGUGACAAAUGGAUGAUACAUAUAAUAUUUACUGUGAAGUAUUGAGUGCCCGCG